CUGGCGGCGCGCGCACCGCGUGACCGGUGGCCACGUGACGCUCGCGGGCCGGGCCGCUAGUGCUGUAGCCGCUGCAGCCGCGGGAAGCCUGCGAGUCAAGAGAUGAAGCUCAUUAUCUUGGAACACUAUUCCCAAGCCAGUGAGUGGGCGGCCAAGUAUAUUAGGAACCGCAUCAUCCAGUUUAACCCAGGGCCUGACAAGUACUUCACCCUGGGGCUCCCCACUGGGAGCACCCCACUUGGCUGCUACCAAAAGCUGAUUGAGUACUAUAAGAAUGGGGACCUGUCCUUUAAAUAUGUGAAAACCUUCAACAUGGACGAGUAUGUGGGUCUUCCUCGAGAGCAUCCAGAGAGCUACCACUCCUUCAUGUGGAAUAAUUUCUUCAAGCACAUAGACAUCCACCCUGAAAACACCCACGUUUUGGAUGGGAAUGCAGCUGACCUGCAGGCUGAGUGUGAUGCCUUUGAGGAGAAGAUCCAGGCUGCAGGAGGGAUUGAACUCUUUGUCGGAGGCAUUGGCCCCGAUGGACACAUUGCCUUCAAUGAGCCAGGCUCCAGCCUGGUGUCCAGGACCCGUGUGAAGACUCUGGCCAUGGAUACCAUCCUGGCCAACGCUAGAUUCUUUGAUGGUGAUCUUGCCAAGGUGCCCACCAUGGCCCUGACAGUGGGUGUCGGCACUGUCAUGGAUGCUAAAGAGGUGAUGAUCCUCAUCACAGGGGCUCACAAGGCUUUUGCUCUGUACAAAGCCAUCGAAGAGGGUGUGAACCACAUGUGGACGGUCUCUGCCUUUCAGCAGCAUCCCCGCACCGUGUUUGUGUGUGACGAGGACGCUACCUUGGAGCUAAAAGUGAAGACAGUCAAGUAUUUCAAAGGUUUAAUGCUUGUUCAUAACAAGUUGGUGGACCCCCUGUACAGUAUCAAGGAGAAGGAAAUUCAGAAAAGCCAAUCUGCUAAGAAGCCAUACAGUGACUAGCCUGUGCCAGGACUGGUGUUCAGUACCUCAGAGGGACGGGCAGGGCCUUCCAGAAAGUGUCUGUAGGAGAGUAGAAUGACUUCGCAGUCCACUGUGGCUGCUGCAGAUCCCUGGCUUGGCAUAUACAGGUUAAGGAGUUUCACUAUGGAGAACAUUGUUUAUUAUAAUUUUCCCCUUCUUUUUCAGCACUGGGGGCUGAACCUGGGGCCUUGCACAUGCCUAGGAGGUGCUUCGCCAACUGAGCUAUGUCCCCAACUUUCUGCCCCUUUUCAUAAUUGUUUUGUAACAAUCAAAGAUCCCCAUCACUGACUGUAAUUAUACCCAGGUGAGAACACACUCCAUCGAGAGCUCCUGUCUGUAUAUUCACUUUCUCUUGAGUGGGCAGGGAUUAGGGCUUGUGCUUUUGGACAAAACUUUUUUGGACUCUUGAGAGCCCCUCUUCGGGCAACCUUCCCAUUGAGGAUUUUUAUUUUAAAGACUAUACUUCCAGAACCAAGUACCUGGGGGAGAAGCCUGUCCCUUGUUCCCAUUGUGUGGAUUGUUUUUCCUGUUGUCAAUAGCUAGCCUUUCUGUAAACUGGCUUUCUGGGUAGGAUUGGGCAUGUGGGGCUAAGAUGGCUUUCACAGAUAAACUCAAAGCUUCCGAAGGCCAGCCAUGUCUUGUUUUCUCUCAAGAUGCCAACAAGAGGAAGGUGGCAAGCCCUCCUGACCGAGCUCUGUUCUCAAGGAUUCUUACACACUCCUUAGUAAGGAGAUCCACUCGGGUCACAAACACGGCCAUGAGUUCAGUGUUACCCAAGGUGGGGAGCCAGCAUCUACACAUGUGCUGUGCUCUCUGGUCUCCUCAGAGCUGAGUGCCAAGAUUAUACAUGCUACUGCUCUCUUCUCGCUUAACCCACCCUGGCAUUUCCACCUCUCAAGUUUAUGAGGUAUCCUCUGUUCUCAGCAUCAGAACUAAACCCUUCUCCCAGCUGUCCUUCAGGCUCCCUUCCCAGGCUCCUUUGCGCCUCUGUGGAGUGGUCGCUGCUUCCUUUUUCGUCCUUGUGCCUGUCUGAAGCUAGAGUUGCCUAUUUCCAGGAGAGGUCUUUCAGAUCCUGGCCCAGGCCCCUCCAGAAGUACCGUGUUUGGUACCAGCAUCUGUUUGUAGUUUUUAUAUGUGAUUGUGCUGUCGUUCUGUGUAAAGCUAAUGGAUCAAUGGACUUGUUUACAAUGUGAUAUUUUCUAUUAAAUUUAAUAUUUUCAAAUAAAAUGUGUCUGUGAAUUUUGA